AUGGAGGACGACAUGGGUAAAAAGACCGAGAAGUUUUUGGCUGAACCAUCUUCGGCACAUGCCGAAGUGACUGCCAUCAGCACUGUCGAAGCGCGUGACGCACUCGGUUAUUCCGCGAGUGUAUACGGCCCAGACGGAGUGCGAGGUCUCUUUUCAUCUGGAUAUGUCUUCGGAGCCGCCUUUCUGGCAUCACUGGGCGGUUUCUCAUUCGGAUACGAUCAAGGUGUCAUUUCCAUCAUCAAUGUCAUGGACCAGUUCCAUGCACUCUACCCUCAGGCCAAGACUUCUUUUGGCACGGGAUUCAUGACUGGAAUGUUGUUGCUUGGAGCGUUUGUUGGCUGUCUUUUCAUGCCUUAUCUUGCGGACAAGGUCUCAAGAAAGUGGGCAUUGACUGUUGUCGUGGUCAUUUUUGAUCUCGGUGCAAUCAUCCAGACAGCUGCCCCCGACUUUGGGACUCUGGUUGCUGGGAGAGCAAUCGGUGGUAUCGGCGUGGGAACUUUGGCUAUGACAGCGCCUCUAUACAUCUCGGAGAUCGCACCGCCGAACCUUCGUGGCACAUUACUGGUUCUGGAGUCUGUUUCCAUUGUCUCCGGGGUCGUGAUCGCGUAUUGGAUUACCUUCGCAACUCGACAUCUAGAGGGCACUUUAUCAUUCCGACUCCCCUUGGUCUACAGAUGCUUGACAAGGCUUCGAGGACUCCCGGCUACAGAUGAACGUGUACAAGCUGAAUACAGCGGGAUCCUCUCCGAAGUCGUUUUUCAACGCCUUGUGGCAGAACAGACUCACCCUGGAGUUAAAGGCUGGAAACUAGAAAUGCACAGCUGGCUGGAUUUGCUUAAGAAAAAGAAUUGGCGCCGGACCGCUGUUGCAGUUGGCGUGUGCUUUUUCCAGCAAUUCUCCGGAGUGAACGCAUUCAUUUACUACGCGCCCACGCUGUUUCGAUCGCUCGGUCAAUCAGAUGAAAUGUCUCUGAUUUUAUCUGGCGUCUUCAAUAUCCUGCAACUUGUCGGGGUAUUUAUUUGCAUCAUGACAAUUGACCGUGUUGGACGCCGCCCUCUCGCUAUUUUUGGUGGAUUUGGCUGCGCUGUCUGCUACAUGGUCAUUGCAAUCCUGAGCGGAUUAUACUCUCAUGAUUGGCUGAAUCACACUGGAGCUGGCUGGGCCUGCGUUGCCUUCGCCUUCCUAUUUAUUAUCGUUUUCGGUGUUUCGUACUCACCUUUGGGCUGGACACUCCCUUCUGAGGUGUUCACCACGGCGUCUCGAUCCAAGGGUGUCGCUUUGGCCACCUGUAUCAACUGGCUCUCUAAUUUUGUCAUUGGAGUUGCUACGCCCCCGAUGAUGGAAACCCAGGGCUAUCGAACUUAUAUCUUCUUCACGGUAAUGUGCUUUUUGGCUGGGGUCUGGGCACUGAUAUUGGUUCCAGAGACAAAGGGAAAGACGCUUGAGGAAAUGGACCAGGAAUUCGGAGAUGUGCAAGGUCUCGCCGAGAGGGAGCUUAUGAGAUCGGCGGUUCAAUCUGUGAGGCAAGGGAUUAUAACAGAAGAGCUGAGAGCAUAG